CUGCUUUCACUGUAUGCCCUGAGAUUAAUCUUAGUUGUUUUUCUGCAGUAUGUGUGUGACUUUAUUUUGUCUAUAUUUAAUUAAACUUCCGCUAUGCGGCAUCUGCCGGCAAUUAUUAGAGAGUACACUGAACUGAGUGGUGGAUUGCACUAAAAUUAUGGUGAGUUGCUUAACCCACCACAGACUGUCGCAACCAUUCACAAUAGCCGCCGCGCGGUGUAUGCAUUUUAUUAGAUUGAUGAUUAAAUGGACAAGUCGAUUUCUGGUUUGCUUUCAUACGAAUUCGAAGAUCGCAAACGAGCGGACGUGUGUGUCGGAACAAAAAUAAACGACGGAAGUCAAUUUGUGCUUCGACAGAGAAACGGAAAAUUAAAAGAGCAAACAUAAGUUAAAUAUAAUAGAAGCAAAAGCAAACCAAAUUCCCCAAUUUACAUAAAAGUGCGAGUGUGUCGACUUAAAUUCAAGAAUAGCUAAAAAAUAAAUAUACUUAGCUAACUAAAACAAAAAUCAAAUAAGCUAAAGAAACACAUUGGUAAAACGAGUGUCAGAGGAAAAUGUGACAAAAAGUAAGCGCGACUACAACGAAUUUUAGCUAAUUAACAUAACAUGUAAAUGCGGAGCAAAAGGAACGAACAAGUGCCUUUUACACAACAAAAACAACUACCAACACCAAACCCCGACUGCUACUAACCAACAACCACGCAUUUCGUGUACAGUAAAAAAAAAAAUAAUUUUAAACAAAUUAAUUAGAGAACAUACGCUAUAAGUAAACUAAGUGUUUGAGCAAGCAAGUGGGGAUGAACUCAUUGUCUAACUUCAAGCUCUGGAGAUAGACGAGCUCCUGUUGCAUUCAAGCAGUAUAGUGUAUACAGUAUACUACUAGCCAGCAAAACAAAAAAUAAUAUAUUAUAUAAAUAGUAUAUUUGCAUACAUACAUAAGUAUAUGUAUGUAUAUAACUAAUCUAAACGCCAGCAAGCCAAGUUAAUAGCUUGGAAUUUCGGCCAAGAAAGACACAGCAAGUGUAAUUGCGGAGAGUCAACCGAGAGAGAGAGAGAGAGAGAAAAAAAAAAACAAAGUUUCAAGCUAACAAAAUUUCGGUUUAGAAAAAGCAAAGUGCAAGGUAAAAAAAUUUUCAAACCUAAGAAUAUUUCAAAAACACAUUAGAACUGAAAAAUACGGAUUUUCGAAAUUAACACAGCGUGUACUUGGAGUCUAAAAGCAACAGCAAAUGCUUUAGAAUUUGUGCUAACCCCACCAACUCAGAACCUUUAUGACGCGGCAGUAACAAAUAAGCGCGAAUUUGCAGCGUGUUUUUUCUUUGCCAAAACUUUUGAACCUUAAACAGUUUUCAUAUUCGUCGCCCAAAGUGCGCUUAUAUCAAGCACAUAACAAACAUACAUACAUGUAUGAAUUAUCUAAUAGCCCAGCGGCGUCAAAAGCAAUAACAACACCAACAACUGCAUAGUUACAGCAAAACAAUAAUAAUAGCAAGAACAACAACAGUAGCGUAUAAAUAAUUUUUAAAACAUACGGAAAAACAACAACAAACACAUCGAACAAAUCAACAGCAGCAAGCAGAUAACACAGGCAAAGCAAAAAGUAAAAAACUGUGUUAAUUUACGUUCAAACAUACGUAAGUACGAGUACGUAUAGACAACGCGGCAUAGGAAGAGAGAGGCAGAGCGCUCACAACUUGUCUACACAGCCACAUACAUUUGAUUUUGUGAUUCACUACGCUGUCGUUGCUUGCGUCGCAGCAGCCAAUAAUAACAACAAAAACAACCAGCACAACACACACAAACAGCACUCAGAAGCGACUAACGUGUGUCGUGCCGCAGUCGAGUGUGUGUGCGAGCGUGACAGCAAGAGCGUGAGUCAUAAAAGUGAAAUGAAAAUGCGGGUAAAGAGAGAAUCACCGCUGCUCGUGCUGAGAUUUAGCAGAAUCAACAGCAGAAAUGAUUGUAAACGAUCGACAAUUUGCGAUACACACGGCACAGCUUCGGCACCUGAGGUAAUGCCAUCAGAAGACUGCAACGGGGAUUGGUCCUCAACGAUGCCGCAAACCGGCAAUCGUUCGCCAUUGAUGAGAAGCUGCUCCACACCAGCUGUUUAUGAUAUUGAAACCCAUCCCGCGUCACCAGUUUUCCCCCAUUUACUAUUGGGCAACGGCAAAGAUGCCAGCGAUCCGAGUAGUGUGGGCGCCAAUUGUGUUUUGAAUGUUACCUGCCAAGCACCCAGUUCAGGUCCAGCGCCGGGACUUAAAUAUAAACAGAUACCUGCCAGUGAUACGCCACAUCAGAAUAUCAAACAAUAUUUUCAGGAAGCCUACGAUUUUAUUGAGGAUGCACGCAAAACCGGCUCGCGCGUACUGUUGCACUGUCACGCGGGUAUUUCGCGCAGCGCCACCAUUGCCAUCGCCUACGUCAUGCGUUACAAAUCACUAUCACUAUUCGAGGCCUACAAGCUGGUGAAGGGCGCGCGACCCAUCAUUUCACCUAACCUCAACUUCAUGGGUCAACUGCUCGAAUUGGAACAGAAUCUACGCAUGAGCGGCGUGCUGAAGCCCGUGUCGCCAGCCGCCACCACACCCACAACACCAACGUCUAGUCAAGUCGAAUUUACCAGCAGCAACUACAACAGCAACACAAACGCUAAUACAGAGGAUGUAGACGAAACAGAUUCCGCGUUGUUACGCAAACGGCCCGGCGACGCUAAGCGUAAAUUGUGCGCCGCCGAUGAAGAUGCCGCCGACGAUUUGUUUGAGGAUGCGCGCAGCACGCUUAGCAAUCAUAGCAGCAGCGCUAGCAGCAGUAGUAAUUGUACAAAUAGUCAAGCAAUGCGACUGACAUGGCCACCGCCCACCGGUGCACCCGCAGUACUGCUCUCACCCUGCACCUCGACCGAAGCAUCCUGCUCAUCAUCAGUCUCAUCCUCCUCAUUGUCCGCCUCCUCGUACGCUUCGUCGUCCGCCUCGACGCCGACUUCGCCAUCGGCAGCGCUGGGCAACACACAAUCGCCCUUCCUCUGCUGCACACCCAACAACAUGCCGAAACGCCAUUCACCCGCCAAACUGCGUCUCAACUUACGUUCCACAUUUGCACCCAUACGACAGUCACAAUCGUGCAUGUCGAUACGCGAAGUGGCCGACGAAUCGGUGCCAGCAGCCACAACGAACACGGGCCUGACGAUAGCGGCAACAUCCAGCAGCAAUCACAGCAUACCAUCGUCGCCGGUGGCAAUGGAUCAGGAGAACAAUGUGGUAAUGGCCAUGUCGACCAGCGAUUGAGAGAGUGCUAACUAAUAUACACGUAUACCUACACAUACACAUAUAUACAACAAUAAGGAUUCAUUAGUUAUACAAUGUGUGUAGUACAUAUUAAGCAAAAAGUUUAAAAAUUAAACUAAAUUAAAAAAAAAAAAUUGCAAAGCGACGUAAAAGAAAAAAAUAUUACACGCAACAACAACAGAAACAACAAUGCAAGCACUUUGAAAAAAGCUGUGAAUAAAUUUUAAGUGUACAAUUUAGCGAGCGUACCUAACGAUUACAUACUAAGUGCAUACAUAUGUACAGCAUUGUAUGUACAUAUAUAAGUACUAUAUAUUAUAUAUACUAGUAUACCGAUCGAGCGAAUAAACGAUCGAAGAGACACCACGCCUACUAUUACUACGUAAAUACUGCGAGUACAUUGAAAGUAAACGUUAAAAAUGUAUAAAUUAUUAAAAAAGCGGCACAUUUACAACUAAAAAACAGCAGUACACAUGUAUAUACAUAUAUAGCUAUGUAUGUGUAGUUAAAGAAAAUUGUUACUUGAAAUUGAAAAUUUGUAUACAAUGCCGUGUGUAUAAUACAGUAGUCGAUAUUUCAUAAUCAAUGCAACAACAAAACAUACAUAUUCGACAUGCAAAACUGACAAACUUAUAUAAAAAUAUUCUCUUUUCGAAAAAUAUUGUAACUUUUUACCUUUUGACAUAACUGUAUGUACAGAUAUAAACGAAAAAUAUUAAAAUAAUCGCAAUUGAAGUAAUUUGCAUAUGCAUUUGCCCAAAUUAAGGGCUUUUCACACAUACACAUACAUAUACGGUAUAUGUAUUAAUAUAUAAAAAGUUUUAACAAUGAAAUACUAUUUAUUUAUAUUAUUUGAACGAUUUAAAACAACAAAACGCUUAUUUAUAGACAUUUUAAAAACAGUUUGGAACUAAAAAACGGAAUUUGUGCUGAACAAAAGGCUUUCGUGUGUCUAAAAAAAAAACAUUUCUGUUGUAAAUACUAUAAGCUUAAAGGUUAAAUAGCAAAUGUUGCCACCUUUUUUGCAUAACAUGCAUAUAAUAUAUUUUGUUUUUGAGUUCAAAUUAUGUUUAAUAGAAAUUUUAUUUUUAUUUUUUAUUAUUUUAAUUAUUUAUAAAAUUCCCUAUAACACAUUGCUAAGUCAUCGGGCUUACUUAUGUAACAUGUCAAACAUAAACUUAACUCUUUGAAAAGCUACAAAAAAUGGACUAUUUUGAAAAAUUAAAACUUAAUAUGUCUAAAUAAAUUUAAAAAUUCAAUAAUUGAUUUUGUUGUAAAUUAUGUGCGUAAAGAAAUCAAAAAGAAUAUUUAAGUUAAGUUAAAAAUUAAAAUAAAACUUUAAAUGCAUAAAACUGUAUCAAAUUUGCACACAUAAUUUGCUUAGCAUAAUUUGUAAAAAAAAAAAAAAAAAUAAUAAUAAUGAUAAAUAGCAACACAAACCAUGUACAAGCAGCAAAAAAUAUAUGUAUAUAUAUCCAAAACAUACUUAGCAAACGAAUAUUUAUUUUAAUGCCAAACUCUUACUAUAAAACUGUUUUAAGUUUUUUUCUUUACACACAGCCACAAUAAAAACGAAAUUUUCAAAUAGUUUCCAUAACAUAAAUCAGCCAAUCAAAUGGCUAAAAGCAAACAUCACAGCAAAUUUAGUUUCCCCGUUACAAAUAUGCACACACCAUAUUUGCAACAACAAAACAAAAAAAAAAGAAAUUUAUAUUUUGAAUAAUGAAAAUUUCUGUUCUUGUCACUAUCACAGUUCAACUUAAUUACCUAUUUAAGCAAAGUAUACCUAACUACCUAUAUAUAUAUAUAUAUAUAUAUAUGUAAUAUAAGUUAAAAAUUAUUUUUAGUGCAAACUUAAAUGUAUAUACAUAUUAUAAAUUAUUUAUAUACCUUAUGUGAGCCUAAUUAAAACAGUGAAAAAUAUUUAAAAACUGUCUAUACUUUCUGUUUGUCCAUCAUGUCUGCUUUACUUUGCAACGCAGUCGGGAAUUGAUGGUAUUCAUAUUGUAACACUUGAAUAAACGGUAGCUCUAAUAGCAGCGUGAACAUAGAUAUUUACGUAAUAUAUGUAUAAUAAUUUAAUGUAAAUUGCAAUAGUCAUAUUCUUGCACACACAUACACAUACACACUAUUCGGUAAGCUAGACAAAAAAAAAUAAUAAAAUGAUGCAAUUCAAUUGAAUGUGCAGCGUAAGCAUAAAAAUAGAAAUAUAUGUACAAAAUAAUGAUUUUGAAAAGAAA